AUGGAUCUGGACGGUGAUCACUCGGAAAAUAUUUCCGAAGCUACCGAGCAGGACCAAUUAGUCCCUUCGACGAUCACUUCUGAAAUGGCGACAACGGAGAAGCAUCAAGGGAGCUCGCGAGGAGGGAAAGGGAAGAGGUUGUGGAAGAAAGUGAAGUACCAGCUGGUGGAGUACCAUUCUUUGCCCGCAUAUUUAAGGGACAACGAAUACAUUCUUGGUUACUACAGAGCUGAAUGGCCAAUGAAGCAGAUUCUUCUCAGCAUUUUCACCAUUCACAAUGAGACUCUGAACGUUUGGACGCAUUUGAUUGGCUUCUUCCUUUUUCUUGCAUUGACCAUCUAUACAGCAACAAAGGUUCCAAAUGGUCAUUCUCUGCAACUUUCAGAUGUUCUGAAAGCCGAUUUGCACAAAUUGCACGCCUGCCUACCUUCUUUGCCAAACAUGCAUGAUCUGCAUAGACUCAGGGAUGAGCUCAAGACGACAUUGCCUUCAAUGGAUUUUUCAGGAUGGCAUGUUAUGGAACUUCUUUACAAUUGUUUGCCUGAGCGAUUCUCCCAUGGCAACCAAACUGAUGUUUGUCGCUUGCGGAGCAUGACAGGCGAUGUCGCAAACAUCAUAGCACCACUUAUGGUGAGACCUAUAACCAGGUGGCCAUUUUUUGCUUUCAUGGGAGGGGCAAUGUUCUGCUUACUGGCCAGUAGCAUAUGCCACCUUUUAUCUUGCCACUCGGAGCGGAUAUCAUACAUCAUGCUUCGAGUUGAUUAUGCUGGAAUUGCAGCCCUGAUAGCCACCUCAUUUUAUCCACCAGUAUACUAUUCCUUCAUGUGCAUGCCUUUCUUCUGCAACCUCUACUUGGGGUUCAUAACGCUAUUCGGCAUUGCCACGGUCAUGUUUUCGUUACUUCCAGUUUUCCAAAAACCUGAGUGGCGUACGGUUCGUGCAUCGCUCUUCUCUUUCAUGGGUCUAUCUGGAGCACUACCAAUCCUUCACAAGCUCAUCUUGUUCUCACAUCAACCUGAGGCACUCCACACUACUGGAUAUGAAGCUCUGAUGGGACUUUGCUAUGGACUUGGAGCAGUUGUGUAUGCAACAAGGGUCCCCGAACGAUGGAUGCCUGGGAAGUUCGACAUUGCAGGGCACAGUCACCAACUCUUCCACGUGUUAGUGGUGGCUGGAGCUUAUGCUCAUUACCGGGCAGGGCUAGUUUACCUGAAGUGGAGAGACCUCCAUGGAUGUUAG